CGCGCUACGUCUCGCCCUCGUGACACGUCGCGGAAGUCGUGCUUACUGACGCGUCUCUGCAGGCUGGCGUGUACACGCGCGCGCUUCAGCAUGGCCCACAGGAGCGUCCUGCCCACGCAGGCGCGAGCUCUCAGCGGCAGGGAGGAGAAAUUGGCCGUGGCAGCUAUAAACCGACAGCAUGGUGUUGCAGCAAAGCAGCAGAACCCGGGCAGACCGGAAGCUACGGUACUCCAACAGUCCAUCUUUAUCUCGAGGUCGUGCGGGAUCGACGUAGGAGACGCGGCCAUCCUGUCUACCCGCGGGUCCCGGCUAGUGAAACAUGCAGCUACAGGGAGGCCAACAGUGGAACCUUUCCCGGAGGGAAUGGAGAUGAUUAUGUUUGGUAUGGGCUGUUUUUGGGGCGCAGAGAGACGCUUUUGGAACAUCUGUGGAGUGUUCUCCACUCAGGUGGGCUACGCGGGCGGGUUCACACCCAACCCCACCUACCAGGAGGUGUGUUCAGGUCUGACGGGCCACACAGAGGUGGUGAGGGUCGUUUACAGUCAGAGAGAUGUCAGCCUGACUCAACUGCUCAAGGUGUUCUGGGAAAGCCAUGACCCGACUCAAGGUAUGUCUCAGGGAAAUGAUAGAGGCACACAGUAUCGCUCUGCUAUCUACACAUACAGUCCAGAACAGCAGGAGCUGGCCAUGAAGAGUAGAGACGCUUACCAGCAGGCUCUGAAGCAGAAGGGCUUUGGGGAGAUCACCACAGAGAUCCGAGAGAACCCGGUCUUCUACUACGCGGAGGACCACCACCAGCAGUACCUGCACAAGGUGCCGAACGGCUACUGCGGGUUAAAGGGCUCCGGGGUCACCUGUGCCUUCGGCUCGGACGGAGAUGAACUUUGACCCAGGGAAGAAGGAGGAGCAUGAGUGCUUUUUAAAAUGGUGGUGCGAGAGUGUGAGUGACAGAGAGAGAGAGAGAGAGAGAGAGAGAGUGCAUAAACCAACAGCACAAAUUCAGUACAAGUGUAGACUCAGACCUCGUACUCACCGUAACUAAAUGCAGGCUGCUCUCCUGUGACUCUUGUACUAGUACAUUUUCAGUGAUAAUUUACACAUGAAAUUCAUUUAGACUCAAUCCCACAUUUUCUCUUAAUGUAAAGAGGAACGUGAAUUCAAUGUAAAAUUGUAAAACUGAGAUGUCAAAUUGUGUGUUUGUUACAGAUUGUUUAAUCCUCCAUUGGGAACUGGAUUAUCAUUUUUAUUUAAACAGUCUUAAGCCCUUUUGGCCAUUCAGAAACCUCCUCCACUAACAGGGGAAAUACUGUUAGUGCGCACACACACACAGGUUUCCGUAUACAACAUUAAGACUGUUUAGAAUAUAUGUGUGUGUUUCUUGGUUAUGCUGAGCAAAGAUCCAGUUGAACGCUCAAGCAAAACUCAACGCAAUAUUCCCUCCUAAUUUAUUUUGCCUUUUUGUUGUUGUUGCACUUUUCUGCCAUCUGGUGGCCGAACCGUUCCUUGCACCCGUGCUGCCUAGCACAGUGGUUUCCUGCCCCCUGCUACCCACGCCUGACGGCUCAAAUGAAGUGCCUUCAUUGGCUGGCUUAGGUGAGAGAGAAGGGGAAGCAGGCCAUUGGGAACAGAGCGUGCCGCUUGUCCCUCCCUUAUGGUAAUCAGAGACUUGUGCAGGAAUGUUUCCUGAUGAGCUGUUAAUGUGCACUGUUUCUGAGGAGUGAUGUUUUUGUAUCUUUAAUAACGUAUUAAAUAAAUGAUUACUUUCAAUCACUUGA